AAAAAAAAAAUCUAAAAUCACUCUCUACUUCUCCCGUUGGUUUCUUGGCAACCAAACAAAUCCUGAAACUCACCAUUAAACAAGAUUAUCGAGAAAACCACCACAGGUAUUGUUUUGGAUUCUGCAACGGUGCAUUGCGGCUUGACUCACCUUGUUGGGCGAGACUGGGAACGUUAGGAUUUGACUUGACGAGAUGGCUGUGAUCACCAUCAACAACUUGAAUGCUAGUUAUUAUGGCGACCUGGUCAGGAGAUACAACUAUUGUCAAGGUGGAGUACUUGGAUAUUACCACAAUUUAUAGUCUUGGGUACUAAUAAGAGGAUUUUUGGAGUUCUAGGCUUCCAUGUGUUAGUGGGAUGUAUCAGUCAAAAGCUUGGACGUUUGGAUUAUUUAUUGUUGCAUGGUUGUGUCAUUCUUUGCUUCUCAUCGGAGCUCAGAAUCCGAUUACCAACCCCGAAGAAGUGAGGGCUUUGAGGGCCAUCAAGAGCAGUUUGAUAGAUCCUAAUGGGAAUCUGAGUAAUUGGGAUCAAGGAGAUCCAUGUACAUCAAUUUGGACAGCGGUUUUUUGCUACAAUACAACAUUAGACGAUGGAUAUCUACAUGUUCAACAAUUGCUGCUUCUCUACAGGGUACUACUGCAUAUGAAUUUGUCUGGAACUUUAUCACCAGAGCUUGGCCGCUUAUCAAAUUUGAAAAUAUUGGAUUUUAUGUGGAACAACAUCAGUGGGAGUAUACCAAAGGAGAUAGGCAGUAUUACCUCUUUGGAACUCUUGCUUUUGAAUGGAAACCAAUUAACAGGUCCCUUACCAGAAGAGCUUGGUUAUCUUCCAAACUUGGACAGAAUACAAAUUGACCAAAACCAAAUAUUGGGGCCACUACCUAAAUCAUUUGCAAACUUGAAUAAAACGAAGCACUUUCACAUGAACAACAAUUCGAUCAGUGGGCAAAUCCCGCCUGAGUUAUCCAGAUUACCAAGUCUUGUUCACUUGCUUCUCGAUAAUAACAACUUAUCAGGAUAUCUUCCAGAAGAGUUCUUCAAACUGCCAAAUUUACAGAUACUUCAAUUGGAUAACAAUAACUUCAAUGGGACUACAAUUCCUGCUAAUUAUAGCAAAAUGUCUAAACUGCUGAAGUUGAGCCUUAGGAACUGUAGUUUGCAAGGACCAAUUCCUGAUUUUAGCCAAAUACCAAACCUCCUUUAUCUAGACCUUAGUUCAAAUCAGCUAAAUGGAACCAUACCUCCAGAUAGGUUUUCUGAAAAUAUCACGACUAUUUUGUUAUCCCACAACCAUCUUACUGGAGCAAUUCCCUCCAACUUUUCAGUUUCGGGUCUUCAUGAUCUUCAAAGACUGUCCAUUGCAAACAAUUUAUUGAGUGGCUCUGUUCCAUCCUUCAUUUGGGAAAAUAGGGCUUUGAGUGGAAUGGAGAAACUUACAGUGGAUUUGCAGAAUAAUAAGCUUUCAAAUAUUUCAUUUACGGGCACUGCUUAUCUACCUCCAAAUGUCACUGUCUGGCUUAAAGGGAAUCCCUUAUGCUCAAACUCCAAGCUAGCCCAGUUUUGUGUAUCUCAACCCAAGGAUAAAAAUAACAGUCAGAGUUCAACAAAUAUCACUUCUGUUUGUCUGGCUCAAGCAUGCCUACCCCCUUAUGAAUAUUCACCUACAUAUCCAGUAGAUUGUUUCUGUGCUUCUCCUUUGUUUGUUGAAUAUCGGUUGAAAAGCCCUGGAUUCUCAGAUUUUCGUCGGUACAGACAUACGUUUGAGAAAUUCCUGACUUCUACUCUUAACUUGUUUCAUUAUCAGCUGUACAUUGAUUCAUUUGAAUGGGAAGAAGGACCUCGACUGGGAAUGCAAUUGAAGUUUUUUCCUGUAUAUGAUGCUGAAAACAGCACACAUGUCUUUAAUAGGAGUGAGAUUCAGAGAAUCUUUGAUAUGCUCACAUCAUGGAAAAUUAAAAAUUUUGACAUUUUUGGACCUUAUGAAAUUAUCAGCUUCUCUCUACUGGGCUUCCAUAAAGAUGAUGGUGCCAACUCUCCAAGUUCUGGUUUAAGCAAAGGUGCAGUGGCUGGCCUAGUACUGGGAACCAUUGCAGGUGCAGUUACAUUGUCUGCAGUUGUUAUUCUUCUGAUAAUGAGAAUGCAUGUGGGGAAUUACCAUUCACUUCCAAGAAGACAUCAUUCAUCUACGCGCUCCAUAAAAAUUGUUGGGUUGAAGGAUUUCACUUAUAGAGAAAUGGCCGUAGCUACAAACAACUUUGAAAAGUCUACACAGGUUGGAGAAGGAGGGUAUGGUAAGGUUUAUAAAGGCAUUCUAGCUGAUGGUACAGUUGUGGCCAUAAAACGUGCACAAGAGGGAUCCUUACAGGGUGUAAAGGAGUUCUUGACAGAGAUAGAAUUUUUGUCAAGGUUACAUCAUCAAAACCUUGUGUCUUUGAUUGGAUAUUGCGAUGAAGAAGGUGAACAGAUGUUGGUCUAUGAGUUUAUGUCAAAUGGUACUUUAAGGGAUCACCUUUCUGAGGUCGUGUGCAAUAAUACAGCUAAGUGUAAAGAACCUCUGAGUUUUACAAUGAGAUUGAGAAUUGCCCUAGGAUUGGCCAAGGGCAUCCUCUAUCUACAUACUGAAGCCAAUCCUCCUAUAUUUCACCGAGAUAUCAAGGCUAGCAACAUAUUAUUGGACUCCAAGUAUAUGGCAAAAGUUGCUGAUUUUGGACUUUCACGACUUGCACCAGUUCCAGAUAUUGAAGGGACAGUGUCUGCUCAUGUAUCCACUGUUGUGAAGGGGACGCCAGUUGACGAGUGAGUUCUUCCCCCUUUGUAUCACUGAUUUUGUUAUCAGUGAUCUCUAGCUAUGGCUCAAGUGCCACAUGUUAAUUGCCUAUAAUUUUUAUAUGUUUCAACAUUUGAUUGUCUAGCCUAGGCUCUUGACCCUUCCUGGAAAAACAAUAAAAAUGAAUUGAUAAUAUAGUGUUGUUCAUUUCCAUUUUUGUUAUAAGGGUUAAUUGCAAAAAAAAAACCUCCCUAAAUUAUGGGGUACUUGCACGCCUCAAGGUUUGAAAAUUUGCAAUCAACAUUCUAAUUGAAACAAUUGUGCCAAUAGGCACCCUGUCAUCCAAAUUAGGGUUAAGGUUAAUGGUCACUCGUGAUUUGCACAUGACCCUCAAAGGGUAAAACGAUGGAUCUACUCUUUUUAGUUACUAAAUAACUAAAAUACCCUUACUAACUGCAGACUUUCACUAAAAUGCCUGACUGAUGUUAAGACAGAAGUAGAAAAAUAAAGAUAGAGUAGGACAAAUCUUAAGAUUCACCACUUAGAAUAUGCCUGUAAACCUUAGGCAUCACCACCUAAGAGUGCUUGGAAUCACAACCAAGCAAGAGAAACAUUAUCUAAUAAGAAAAUUCUUAUUCAAUUUGUACUACUUUCACGAUUACAAAAGCCACUAUUUUAAUCGUUAGUGUGGGCACCAGAUUUAUUUAUGAUUUUUACUUAUUUGAGACACCAGAUUUCAAACUUUUAUUUGAAUUUUGAAUUAGUUUGGGCUUUAUUGUGAUUGAGGAUUUUGCGGGAUUUAAUUGUGGCAUGAUUAAGAUUUUCCAUAUUGAUGUAAUCUUGGAAGCACUAUUAAAAUAGUGGCUCUUGUAAUCAUGAUGAC